AUCACCAGCAGUGCUAGAUCGACUUUUAUCAACCGUUAAAUGUAUACGAUUUUAUAAUAAAAUAUAAUAUUAAACGAUAGUACAAUUUAAUUAAUAAUCGUCGAAUUUAUACCUGAAUGGUACCACCAUAUAAUUUAAAAUCAUCGAAAUAGUUCACAGAUUGUUACAAAAAAAUGCAUAGAACAUGUGUUUGGUUAUUAAUACUCGCAAUAUUGAGUGCUUGUACGUGUGGAGGUCGCACAGAGUGCGGAAAGAAGGGGAGAAUCACCCUUUUAACAAAUAUUCACAAUGAUCUCAAUUGUGAAAAGUUAUCUGAUAAAGGAGUUAUGAUUUAUGAAGCUGCCAAAUAUCUCGUUGAAAUGCACAAUAACAAAACAAAUAAAUUGAAAAUUGAUGUUAACGUUUUGGAUACAUGUGGUAGUGUUUCUGGAGCCAUCAAAGCAACGAUGCAGGCGCUAGUAUGGUCUGAUUUGGAUUGUCUGAGACCACCAUUUUACUUCGGAAUGAUUGGUCCCUACUCUGCCUUGGAUGUCGAUGCCGUUCAGAAGAUCACGUCCACAUUAAAUAUUCCACACAUAGUGAAUACAAAUAUAAUAUCCCCUUAUGUACACAAUCUCGACAAAGAAUCAGAUUUCCCAAUUAUUCAUGCAAUCCUGGGGAUGCUUGAUGCAUUAAAGUGGAAGACAUUUACUUUGAUUACAAGUAUUCAUAGAAACAAUGAAGAUGAUGUUCAACACAUUGCUAAAAAGGUUACUAUGGGCGCUAUUGCUAAAGGAAUAUGUGUAAUGAUUCAUGACGGAGACGAUGCAGACUUUGGCACUCACAUACUUCACAUUGGAAAACCAAACGAAAAAAUUCUGAUGAUGAAAAAUCUGACCAUUAUGAUUGCCAGUGAAGGCAAUGUGGAAAAUCAUGUCAAUCAUUACGGCACACUGAGCAAUGUAUUCAUUCUGCAAGAUUCUAGAAACGAAUUAGUGGGUUUGGAGAACAGAAUUCAGAACUCAAAAUGGUGGACUGGAUCGGAAAUCGGGGAAUAUGAUACCGAAGAGUUGCGAGAUGUGAAAUGGCUAGACGAUGCUAUCGAAGUUUAUGUGAAAGCUUUUGACAUAUUAUGUGCGAAGCAACAAUGCUCACAAUUGGUGAAUCCAGCGGAAUGGAACAGUAUUUUAUCGAAUGUCAUCGCUACUCACAAUGCAAAGCUUCAGACAUCCACGAGAAAAUAUGACCUCUUAUUCAAAACCCAAUCGAAUCAAUUCGAAAAAGUGGCGAAUGUCGAGGUGUAUGAUAUUGAAGCAAAAGUUCAUUGGAAUUCGAAUCGCUAUGAAAUUAUUUCAGAGACAUUUCGAAAUAUCCUCGUCAACAACGAUGAGAAGAAAUCUGGAUGUGCGACAUCCGUCAGUGGUAUGAGCAGUGAAGAUGAAAACGAUGUAGCUAAAGCUCUCUUUCCUGGGAUCGAUGAUCAUGAAUGGUGGACAAUGAUAGCAACAGUUGGUGGUGUUGGAGUGUCAAUGUUCGCCGUGGGAAUUUUCGCAGUGUACGUUGUUAUAAGCAAUAUUCGCGGUCCCCGAUCACCAAAAAACAAGUCGAAUAGACGCGAAAGAGACGGAACAAUAAGGAGAAUCGAGAGUGAUCAGGAUCUUCAAGUAGUUACCAGGCCUCACAGACCAGCCAGAGAAAACCAGAGACGUGACAGCAGUAGAAGCAUAAGGAGCAAUGUCUCCGAUAAAAGUGUCUGAAGUCUGAAUUAUGUAAUAACUUUUUUUUUGUAAAUUCCUAUUAUUAUUAGGUACAGAUAAGAUGGAUCAUCGGAAUGAACAAGUUAAGAGUAUAAAUCGUGUAAUUUGUGGAAAAUUGUGUGAGAUAAUGUUGUUUUGCCGAUAGAAUCCAGCUCAUUCUCUUAAAUUAUUGAAAUGCAAUUUGCAUAAUUAUCAAUGCAUAUAAAAGACAGUUGGGAAACACGUCAUAAAUUGUAGCUCGUUUAUCAACUUGUGAAUAUACAAAGAGUACCUGUUUCAGUGAAGGCAACUUUAUUGCUAAUAAAUAUAUGAUAAUAUCAUUGAUCACCUUUAUGUAAUAGUCGCAUGAAUCAAUAUGAGACCAAUAAACUAUCAGUAGAAUCAA